AUGGAAACUUUAGUUGCUGUUGCCCAUCACAAGAAUCAUCAAUAUUAUGGUAGAAAUCGUGAGCAUGGCCAGGCUCAAUUCGGGUCCUUUGGGUCCCCGCCUACUGAUAAUUCUCGUGGUAUCAAUUGCCGUGCUUUCCAGUCCGGAGCAGGGUUAAUUCCAAACCCGCCUAAUUCUUGCACCACUAACCCUGCUAGCAAAAGGGAGUUUUGCACUUCAUUUUCGCCCAAAACCCCGACAACUUCUGUUAAUGAAGACCACAACAGCUUGAAAAAGAACUCGAAAAGCAGUACGAUUCCAAUCCCAAUUAAGAUCAACUUCGAUAACAAAGAGGGGGGUUAUGGGGAUGAUUUCCAUUUCUCUGAACGUUGGGCUGGACCUGCUUAUUCUUGCUCACCUCCCCCGAGUUCUUUGCCCAUGCCAAAAUUUUCACUGCGUCCAAAAAGGGCAGUUUCACUUGACUUGCAUACUGCAGCCCCUGAAUUUGAUUUGCCCCCUAUGGCUAAAUCUGCUCCUGCUUCCCCAACCAGGGGGCGUAGUCCUUUACCUAGUGAUCUGUUUGACGGUACUGACUCUGCGACUAAGACCCUUCGUCGCAUCCUCAAUCUUGAUAUCACUGAUGAAUGA